AUGUCUCCCAACGUUCUCGCUGACAAGGACGUCAACGCCCCCGUCAUGGUCAACGACUCACAGGCCUCCAAGGACGUUAAGAGCAUGGAGUACCACCGCCAGGUCCUGCAAAACAAGAUGGCCCAAGAGAAGUACGACCACAAGCUACAGACUCGUGACGCCAAGAGCAAAGCCCUAAACUUCGAUGUCCUCGAUAGGUCCAAAACGUAUAUCUCGCCUUCUGACGACAUUAUGAGCCCUUGUACCGCCAAGCUCAGCGCCCUGCGCAACAAGCAGGUCGGAAAGGUCAAGCCCAAGUCCCUCUUCGCCCAGACUUCUGCCAAGAAGCUCGGAGGCGGUGACGCCCUCUUCGGUGACCGGACAACUACCCCUACCAAGAACAGCAACAUCUUCUAG